GCCCCCCCCCCCGCGCUCUCGCGACCUGGGCCGCGGAGGCGCCGCCGCCACACGCGCGGCCCGGCGCCCCCGCACGCGGCGCGGGGGCCCUCGGGCCCCACCUGCUCCGGGGGGCCCCUCCGCGCCGCGCCGGCCCCCAUGGCCACCGAGGUGCCACCGCCGAAAUGCGCGUGGCUCGCCGCCGAGGGGCUGCGGCUGGAGGCGCGUGCGGCAGAGCUCGACCGCGCGGGCAGCGCCACGGAGGCCACCUUCCAGCACCAGCGCGCCGCGGCCAAGCUGGCGGAGGCCGCGGCGCUGUGCCCAGGGGACCACCCAGAUGGCCCGACGCUGUCGGCCUUCUCCGCCCAGGUCUCGCUGCGGGCUGUCUACCUGCAGAGCCUCGGCGGCGGCACGGCGGGCGCGCCGCUGGAGGACCACGUCGGCGAGGUGCCGUCUCUGGCCAUGGACCUGUCCUCCGCCGAGCAGCCGGCAGAGGAGACGGUGCCCACGCUCCUCGCGAGGGGCGGCGCCUCGGGCGCCACGGCACCCCUCACGGAGGAGGGCUACCAGCUCGUGCUCGCGCUGGGGAGCGGCGAGCAGACCAAGGCCUUCGUGCUGCGGGUGCUCGACGCGGGCGGCAGGAGACCCCGCGCUGGUGCGGAGGCCCAGCUGGACGCCUUCGCCUCUGGCAGCGCCCCGCCUUCCCUGGCGGACUUGCGGGAAGCAAUGCAGGUGGCUGGCUGGGUCGAGCUGAGCCUGGACCCCAGCAAGGACAAGAUGGAGGUCGCGGUGCAGCUGGAACAGGAGGCCAAGGCGCUGGACGAGCGGGGCCUGGCGGAGGAGGCAGCCCAGAUGUACGACCGCUCCCUCGCAGUCUUCCGCUUCGUGCACAAGUACGACCCAAGAACAAAGAAUCCCAAGAUAAAGGAUAUGGUCGGAAAGCGCAUCGACGAGUUGGUCGAAAGAGUGAACAGACUGAAGGAGGCGGCAUCGCCGCGGGACGCCGCGACAUAG